AAAUCCAACCUGAGCUGUUGGCGGUUCGUUUGGAGACCGGAACUGUACGUUCCUACAGAAAUUUCCGGUGCACAUUUUCCUGCAGACUGGUUUCCAAGCGAACACUAGACGUUACCCCAGCAGAAGUGAGGCUAAAAACCAGACCAGCAGUUGUGGGCAUUGCCCAUUCGGAUUUUUUGCUGCUCCGGGGAUAUGUAAACACGGCUGUCAAAUAUCGCGUAAAUGUGUGAUAAUUUUCCCUUGAUUUCCAUAGUCAGUCCAUAAGCAACACAGCGUUGACAGUCUCUCUGAGUUAUCCACCUGGGGCCGGGCCCUGAAAGCUAAAGAUGGCGACUACGGUGUCCAACAUCCCCAAGUCGAAGAAGAAAAAACACAUAAAGCAUGUUCCGCAGAAAGUGAAGUUGUUUCGUGCCAGCGAACCGCUGUUGAGUGUUUUAAUGUGGGGCAUCAACAGUACGAGUAACGAGUUGAGCCACGUCAACAUCCCCGUCAUGCUGCUGCCGGAUGACUUCAAGGCCUACAGCAAGAUGAAAGUGGACAAUCACAUGUACAACAAAGAAAACCUGCCGAGCCACUUCAAAGUGAAGGAGUACUGUCCCCUCGUCUUCAGGAACCUGAGGGAGCGGUUCAAUGUCACGGAUCUGGAGUAUCAGAACUCCUUCGUGUCUUCCGCGCCGACCUACGAUGACUCAUCCGGCAAGAGCGGCUCCAAGUUCAUGCGAACGUACGACGGCAAAUUCUUCGUCAAGACCAUCACCCGGGAGGAGGUGGAGCUGAUGUUUAACGUCCUCCCCGAGUACCACAAGAGUAUAGUGGAGUCCCACGGUGACACCCUCUUACCACAGUAUCUAGGCAUGUACCGGUUAACCGUGGACGGCACAGAGACCUACAUGGUGGUCCUCAGAAGCAUCUUCAGUUCCACAAUGCCUGUCCACACCAAGUACGACCUGAAGGGGUCCACGAUAGACAGGCAAGCCAGCGAGAAGGAGAAGGACAAGGAGUUACCCACCUAUAAGGACAACGAUUUCCUGAGCGAAAACAAGAAGAUCCACAUCGGCACCGAGGCCAAGGACAGAGUGAUGGCGAAGCUGAAGAGAGACGUGGAGUUCCUUGCGGAGCUGAAGCUGAUGGACUACAGCCUCCUGGUGGGCAUCCACGACCGGGAACGCUUUGAGGCGGAGCAGAAGGCCAACCACAGCGAGGAGAACGGGGAGGAGGACGACUCGGGCAGCGGGGGCGCCCUCACGCCGCCCGACAGCCCCGGCCCCUUGACCAGGCAGCAGCACCUGUCCAGCGGCGAAUACGAGUUUGACACGGGCCAGGAGGUGUACGCCUUCCCCUGCGAGGAAGGUGCUCCCAGGAAUGAGGUGUACUUCAUGGGGCUCAUAGACAUCCUGACGCACUGGGGAGCGAAGAAAAAGGCUGCGCAGGCGGCCAAAACCGUCAAGCACGGGGCUGGCGCUGAGAUAUCCACAGUGAAACCAGAACAGUAUGCUAAGCGGUUCCUAGACUUCAUAGAAAAAGUAUUAGUAUAAGGUAACAGUAAGAACAAAAAGAAAAACAUAAAAAACAGAUCGAUUAAAAACGGUGUAAUCUGGUGGUUAAGUGGGGCCAAGUUGACUGAGCCUUCAAGCAGUUUUUUUUUCUCUCUUGUGCUACAUCGCUAAGCAGCUGAAUUCUGUGCUUAAUCUGUUCGGGUGGCAUGCGGUGAUUGUAUGGACGGUGACAAUGCCUGUUAGCAUGAGAAGCAUCUGCUUAGGCAGAAUUGCCAGGGGGAGUUGCUUGCAUUACGUACCUUGAUGCUGUGGAGGGGUGUAGAGAAGGGGGCGCUGACAGUUAGUUGUCAAGUGAUUCUUGGCGAUGGUGCCGUUUAUUUUAAGAGGGCUGAGGAGAAAAGAUUUUGCAAACAACAAUAUUUGGAGCAGAAUCCAGGAACUGCAAAAGUCAUGUGGGCUGGAAUUUCAGAACCUUUCAUAAUCUGUCAGUGGAUCUGUGGAUUCUGGAAUUAGAGGAGCAAGAAUUUGUAGAUGCCACAGUUUAUAAAUACUGGCAUAGAGUAGAGAUAUAUCAGUGGAUCUGUGGAUCCGGUGAAUCUGUGGAUUCAGUAGAUCCAGUGGAUAGAUGGUCCCGCUGGAUUUGUGGAUUCAGUGGGUCUCUGUAUUCAGUGGAUCUGUUUUUUCAUUUGGUACUUGUGGAUCCAGUACAUUGAUGGAUCCAGUGGACAGGUGAAUUCAGUGGAUCUUUGAAUUUAAGAGAGUUGACAUCAAGGUUGGCGUAGAUAGGACAAUCACUGUAAACUUCCGAAUCCACGUUGCAAGUCAGCCCGGGUAUCUUCUCAUGAAUUUUGUGAAAGCUUCAAAGAAAUAUCAUUGAGAAAGUGCAUUUUAAUGAAAGCAGUGUGCAGGCUGUAGCCUUGCCUGGUCCGACUAACAGUCAACACAGAUAUUGCUAUGGAGUUGCCAUUCACGUCACAGGUACCCAGUCUGAACCCUGGCUGUCAGUGUGGGCUGAAUAGUAGUGCAAGUACGUUAUAAGCUGCAAACAACUUUCCUCAAAGCUGGCGGCGAAGAUCAGAAUGAAAUUAAACGUUUUGACUACAGAUGGCUUUUUUGGAUGUGCAACUUGCACAGGAAGGAAUGCAUUGGCGACCAGGCCGUUGAAAGAGGAAAAUGUGUGGCAAACUUGUUCUGAGAUGAUAACGGCUUGCUUUUGGAAAGGAAGAAUGAAUCCCGACAUGUUAACAAAAGUGCUCAAAACUUGGUCAGUGCCCUUGACAACCUUCCUGUCUGUAGGGAUGGCCCAGCAAAACCACAUACAACAGAAAAUAGGAUAGUUGACGUGAUGUGUACAGUGAAAGCAUUAAGUGUAAACAUUGGUAUACGGUGUGUGCAAACUCGAUUGAGGGCGCUGUGUUCUGGCAAAGCUUGGCAAUGACAGGCACAUCAGUAGGGAAUGGCCACAGCCACUUGCCUACGGUUUCCAUGGAUGCACUGUUGGCAGAAUUGGGAUGAGGCCAGAGUUUUCUUUUUUUCUCACAGAAAUGUCAGAUGUCAAAGGCCACCGUGCUGUGCGCAUGUUCCAAGAGUGGCAUUAAGAAGACUGGGAAACUCUUGUCAGGACCCAAAUCGUUAUGUCAUUGAUUUGUGUAUUGCUUUCUGGUGAAUGAUUUUUUUGAAAUCGAAGAAAUGGUGUUGUGUAAGCAGCAUUUUCAGUCAUCCCAAACAGUCUCAGAGGAAGCACAUGUCGAUGAAGCCACCUAUGUUGUUUCUGUGUGGAAAAGGAGGCCAGCCGUCUUGGUUAGAAUUACUUUCUCUUGGAAUUUUUGAGUAAUAGUUCUUUGGGCUCACUCAGGUUCACUGCCUCUCGAUUCCCGCAAACAGUAUUAUGUUUAAAAAACAAGACUUGUGCAGUUCUCCUAGAAGGCAAAUACUAGGACACAAUGCUGUCAGCAUUCAAGAAUGUGUGUCCAUGUUUGUGUCAUGUUUUGCUCUGUGCUCGGGUUUAUAUUUAGAAUAGCUUACUUACUUUGAUGAGUCUUACGUAUUUUACCAUUUUUUUUAACGAAGCAAUAGUGAGCCCCAUGGUAGCCAUAUUGGUCUGGUUCCUGGAAUUCAGGUUCACAAACACUACUUUAAUGAGUGACUCUGUCCAGCACCAGACUCAUUAGGAAACAUAAGGUGAUAGAAUAGUGUACAUAACAGUGUAUUGUAGUAGCAUUGCUGCAUUUACAGGAAAGAAAUUAUCGGUUUACACAUUUGCAUGUCCGUUGUGCUCAAAACUGAAUGAGAAUACGAUAUUUUUAGUGCAUUGAAGAUAUUUAAGGACCAUACCCGUCUUUGCAUAUUUAUUUCAAGGUUGCUGACCACAUUUUUAAUUUAAAAACGGUGCAUUUGACAGAAAAGACUAAGAAGAAAUGGCUUGGAAUUUGUUCUUUUGGAAUAAUUCAAUCCCACUGUAUGAAUUUCCAAUUUCCUUUUUGUUCACUUUUACCGUAUAACAAUAAUUUUUCUUAUUAAGAGAAAUACAUCCAUGUUUUUUCCUCGUUUGUAAAAUAAAAUUGAGGCUGAAACAAAGUUAAUGCCUCCAAAACUCAGAGUACAAAUUAGACUAAAGAGUGUGAUCAGAUGACCCGAGGAAUGCACCAGGGCCAGAUCUGACCAACCGUC